AUGACCCCAUGCCCACAUUCAUACUCCCUUUCGUCGUGCAUCCCCCAUUCCUAUUCUCUUUCUCCCCUUUUUCUCAUCUCCAAUUUCCAAUCCCUAAUUUGGAGAACACUGUGGCAGCGGUUCUUUUCCCCCUCUCGCCGACCCUUCUCCUUCCUCAUCCCGGAGCCAAACCGACGAGAGUCGGUCGCCGCGCUCACGCUCUCCUCCGAUCAUUGUCACCGGCGUCGAAUCCUUUCUCCCGACGAGGUUGCCGACAGAGAAGGCGUCGCUCCCUGCCUCCCUGCGAAGUUACCGAUAGGAAGGAGGCGCCGCCUCCCUUCCACGGCGUCGAUACCGACCGCCGCUGCCUCCAACUCCUCACCGCCGAUCCUCCGUCGCUGCUGGUGGCCGUCGUCCAGUAACCGUCUCGGCUGUCUGAAAUCAGCCGCUGCUGCUGCCGCUGCACAGAGCCGGCUGUUUGUUCGCCGCUGCUCCGUCGGUGGUCGUGCAGCCCCGAAACAUCACGGCAGCCCCCGAUUCGUCCCGAAACCAAUCCGAACCACCCCGAAACAGCCCCGAACAAAAAGGUUCCGAUUGUUCAAUUCGCAUGGUAUGAUCAGUUCAAGUUUGUGGUUGUCCGCGUUGAAGUACCCGAUUUUUAUUAGAACACAGGAUGUAUAGAUUAAAUUUUGUUGGACUUUUGUUGGAUGUAUCGGACAUAUAAAUUUUUAUUUUGGGAUCUUAUUUAUUUAUUUAUUUAUUAUAUAUUUAUUUAUAUUCA